CAAAUGAAACAGACAUGUACAGUAACACACAACCUGGUUUAUAAUUAGGGUUGCUCUGAAAGACAAGUGCUCGGUGUAGAUGGCAGUUUUUACCCCGCCUACAAAAAUACCGAUACCUUUUUCACUUUUAAUUAGAGUGUUUAAUAAGUUUUAAUUAGCAACCCCGCUUCUCCCUCUAUCGGAGAAUUAAAGAAAUACACGAGAUAUAAAGGGGGAACAACUUCGUACGGAGUACAACGGACAUCAAUUAACGAGUUCGUUAUAAUUGCUUAAUCGGUUAUUCCCUGAUUCCGUGUGAGGAACGAGACUAUCACUGGACAUUGGCACCAAAGCAUUGUUUCCAUCAGAGAACAUCGUCAAUAUUCAUCACUUUUUGAAAACUGAAAGAAAAUGUUAUACAGAACAGAUUGAAGAACUCCAAAGAAUUCCAGUGAAAUAUUUCUUCUCGGCUGAGAUUGAUAGAAACAUUUCUCUUGUGAAAUUUUUGAAAUGUCUACAAGACUAUUUUGUACUGAAAUUAAACUUGGAUAAUUUUAAAAGGAAUCUCAGAGUAUUUUCAGACACCAAGAAGGAUUACAGUUGAUGGAAAGAAAGCAGUAGCAAUAUUUAUUAGGAAUAAUCUGUAGGACAAGAACAAAAACUGUGUCCACAUGUGUUGUGGUGAUUGAAGUAAGAUAAGGGACAAACGGAUUAUAUAGGAUUAGUUGAAGAGGACAUUUUUAUUCUGAAGAGAUGUCACAAGAGAAACCACAAUCAGCUUUUCAGUGUGAUAUCUGUGAAAAGAUUUUCACUCAGAAAUGUAAUUUGACCACUCACAGGCGUAUUCAUACAGGAGAGAAGCCAUUUCAGUGUGAUAUCUGUGGUAAAUCAUUCCCUCGAAAUAGCCAUUUAGCUGUUCACAGACAUAUUCAUACAGGGGAGAAGCCAUAUCACUGUGAUGUUUGUGGCAAAACAUUCUCUCAGGUAACUGCCUUAACUGUACACAAACGUAUUCAUACAGGGGAGAAGCCAUAUCAUUGUGAUAUCUGUGGUAAAUCAUUCUCUUAUAGUAGUGAUUUAACUGUACACAAACGAAUUCAUACAGGAGAGAAGCCAUAUCAUUGUGAGGUCUGUGGUAAAUCAUUCUCUGGAAGUAGUUAUCUAACAGUACAUAAACGUAUUCAUGCAAGAGAAAAGCCAUUUCACUGCGAUAUUUGUGGUAAAUCAUUCUCUUUUAAUAAUGGCUUCAUUAAUCAUAGUCGUAUUCAUUCAGGAGAAAAACCCUUUCGCUGUGAUAUCUGUGGCAGAUCGUUCUCCCUGAGUAGCAGCUUAACUACUCACAAACGUAUUCACACAGGAGAGAGGCCAUUUCACUGUGAAAUCUGUGGUAAAUCAUUCUCUGCAAACAGUACCUUCAUUACACACAAGCGUAUUCAUACAGGAGAGAAACCCUAUCAGUGUGAUGUCUGUGAUAAAUCAUUCCCUUACAAUACUAGCUUAAUUGAUCACAAACGAACUCAUACAGGGGAAAAACCAUUUCACUGUGAUAUCUGUGGUAAAUCAUUCUCCUACAGACAUGUCUUGAUUAAUCAUAAACGUACUCAUACAGGAGAGAAGCCAUUUCGAUGUGAUAUCUGUGGUAGCUCAUUCUCUCAAAGUUUCCAAAUAAUUCAUCAUAAACGUAUUCACACAGGAGAGAAGCCAUUUCACUGUGAUUUCUGUGGUAAAUCAUUCUCUCAAAACUCAAACUUAACUAAACAUAUGGCUAUCCAUACAAAAGUGUGACUAUGUUAGCAUGAAAAUUCAUUGCAACACUUUAACAUCUUUUCUCAAAUAAAUCACAAUUUAGUCCUGUGGUCUUAACAGUAAUUUGUAAAGCCUUCACUCUGAUCAUACUUAUCAUGGUUCUUUUUCCGACCACAUUCUCUAUUUCUAGCCCUUUUGAAAGCCUUUACAACAUACAGAGUUGUGAUGUUCUGUUUAUAUCCAGUUUUAUUCCAGUUUAUACUGUCAAAAUUGGUUCUAGAAGUCUUUGCUUUAUAUAACCAUAAAUAGAAAUCAUCAUCAUCAUCAUUAUUUAACGUCCGCUUUCUUUUGCUGGCAUGGGUUGGACGAUUUGACUGAGGACUGCCUGCACCAGGAUCCAA